AUGGCGGAGGGGAGACGUACGACUCCCCGAUGCGAAUUAGACAAAUAUGGCUGUGUAAGGUUAUCGUCUAUUUUACAGUCUUUCAAUGCUCCAAUUAACGAAGAACAUGCUUGGGCAAUAUGUUAUCAGACAGCAAAAUGUUUUUUAAGAGAAUGGGAAAAUUCUGUAUCGAAUGUGUACUGCCUUACUGACACUUCUCAAAUUCGAAUACAGAAGGAUGGAACGAUUCACAGUUCGUCUGUUCGAACGCACCGUUCUGAUGUAAGGAGAAGACCACCUGCCACAAGCGUAUAUAAGAUUGUGGCCUCACUAGGACUUGUCAUUUUCCGCGCAUUAGAUUACGGCCUAUGUGAAGAUGAGGAGCGAAAUCUGAGUCAGAAUCUAGAAAUCUUAAUCGACCGAAUGACUUCGGCAGAUCCUGAUGACGCUUCAAAUGCUGACGACAGCGAUAGCUCUGGCGACGACGCUAAAUCCCAAAAUGCAGACGAAGGGAUUGAAAAGGAUUCUGGAGAAUAUGAUUCUUUGGAGACGGAUGACGAAAACAACGGUAAAAAGAGGAACGGGCUCACGCUACAGAAGGUUAUUGAGAUGUGUGCCUCUCACCUUCCGUGCCCAGCCCAAGCCGACACUCACUAUAAGGCAGUGUGUCGGGCACUUGUCGCUGAAGCAUUGGAACUCUCCAGCUUCUUGGAAAAGGUAUCGAAAGGAACUAAGGCCAUGUUAUGGAUACAGGUCAUCAAAGAAUUAAGACAAGGAGUUAAACUGAAGAAAGUGGAUUUUGAUUCACAUCCUCAACAUUCCAUUGAAUACGAAUUAACUCCGUACGAAAUGUUAUUAGACGAUAUCCGCUCCCGACGUUACAAACUCAAUAAAGUAAUGGUGAACGGAGAUAUUCCACCUCGAGUCAAGAAAGAUGCCCACGCUUUAAUCUUGGAGUUCAUUCGUUCCCGCCCUCCUCUAGUCCCAGUAUCUGAAAGGAAACUGCCACCUCCGCCACAAAGACAACCAUCUCUUUAUGAAAAGUUGAUGGCGGCCAUUAAGCAACAACCAAAACUGAAACCAACAACAAUGAGAAGUUCUUCAGUUGAAACUUCCAGAACGAAGCUUUGCAGUGACGACUUCACCCCUAAACCUCGCCGGAAAGUGAUUAAACCGGAUUUAAAUCUGCGGCUUUCUUCCAGUUUUGAUGAGGAUGAUGGUGAUGAAGAUUUUCCUCCAAGUCCAGCAGAAGAACAGCCUCAGUCACUUCCAGUAAAUGUUUCCCAACCCCCAAAACAAAGAUCUCCAUGGCAGACAAUGGCCCUAGAUUUGGCAAAAUACAGCACAAGCUUCAUAUCUGAACGAAGACACAGUAUUUCAGUGUGUGAGUCUCCCACUGAUCAGUUCCCAAACCAAUUGAAAGGUCGAUCUCCUCUUCAGAGGAGCAACACACUGGCUAAUGGUCAAAAUGACAGUGGUAGUGGCAAAGCGUGUUCAGAUUCUGUCAAUGCCAUUGCGGAGUACUGGAAAGCUUCUCAAUGGGGUAAGGCACUUGAGUGCCUGUCUCUUACACUAGAAGAAGUGGUACACAUUCGAAAUGUUCUAACAAAAGCUGAGUUAGAAUCCUUGUUGGUUAACAAAGAACUACAUGAUGACUUAGAAAAAGGAAAGAUUUGCUUUGCGUGUAAGAAGACAAAGUUCUCAUUCUUUGGUUCCUGGGGAGUCAAGUGUAAAUUGUGUGAGAGACUUGUUUGUGAGAAAUGUUCAAGUAAGAUGCGUAUUCCAGUUGAGCACUUUGCUAACAUUCCUGUGUACAUGCUUAGUCCGACACCAAGUCCUCCACCUGAAGAAGAAUCAUCACGAAAAUCUUUUUGGAAGUUGCCAGAAGCUUUUAAUUUCACUAGCUUAACAAGUGGUUCGGCUCCUGCAUCUCCAAACCUGAGCACCAGAAACAAAAAUGUUCAACAGGCAACUUCAAGGCCUUUUUCUGCAGGAUCUCAGCGGAGACUCCACCAUUCUGAAUCAAUUCAUGUUCUCUGUGCUGAUGCGGAGAGGAAACGAAGAGGAGUGAAUGUCAAAAGAGCACCACUUACACGUUCAAGAACAAUUACUCAAAAACCAGAAUCUCCAACAGAAGAGAAAAUUCGAGGGCAGCUUAUGAGAGUUUGUCGAGGCUGUAAAGGUAUGGUGUGUCACAUCAUUCUAGCUAGCCGUAACACUGUCACAACCACACAUAAAAAAGGAAGAACCACGGACAGUAAGCCACAACACAGUAAUGCCAUCUCGUGCACCAUUGCAUGUCUUUCACCUGUUGAAGCAAGCCCUCCAAGUUCUCCAGAAGGACAUGUGUAACAAAUUUUUGAUACAGUCCUCUCUAAAGUUUGUUAAAAAAGGACCUUGAUGAUAAUAUUAAUUGCAAAAGCAAACCAAAUGUAAUUAUAGUAUGUGUGUGUAUGUACAAAUAAUGUGUCAUAAAUUUAGUUGUCAGAAUUACACAUUUUUGGCUUUAGGAAUUAAAUAUCAGGUUACCCUCCAACUAGAGAUUUACUAAGAAAAGCAAAAUAUAUAUGACUACCGAUGAAAAGAAUGUAUUAAAUCAAUCAUACAGUUUUCAAAAGCACAAUGUCAUCCAACCCUUCUUGACAUUGUUCAUUUAUGAAAAAAAUCACAAAUGUUUUCCUUUUUAAAAUCAUGUAUUAAUACUUACUUCUAUAUAAAACAACAAUACAUGCAACAUUCAGAUAGAACAUCAAUACAUGACAGAGUUACGAGGAUAGGUCACAUUCUUUAAUAUUUACAAGAAUUUUGCCUUGAGACCAUGCUAUGUAAAUACUUUCAGAAUAAUUUGUUUUACGCUUGAGUAUGUAUAUUGAGUUUUUUAUAAGCAUGUUGUAGUUUUGUCACCAAACUGAUUUAUGUGUACAUGUUUAUGACUAAUACUCCGUUGAAGUUUGUUACCAGAUCAAUGAAAAAAACCAUUGAACACAUUAAAAUGCUGUGUGUGAUUACUCAUCAUUGGUAACUUAAAAAUACAUGUAAAAAUAAUGUCAAGAAACAAAGUAUUUAACCAUUAUGAUAAUUAAGUAAAUUGUGAUGGGUGUCAACCUGGAAAUUUUGGAGACAGCUGGUUACCUGUUUUAUGUAUGUGGUAAAUGUAUAAAUGUAUUUGAUAUGUGUCUGAAAUUUGGCAUAAAAAUUCAAGUAUAUAACAUAUUAGUAAGUAGUCAGUAAUGUAAAGGAUUAUGUAAUAAUUGGUUGUAAAAGAAAUAACUGAGAAUACUUUUCUGGUUGUUUGCUUUUUAAGGUUUAUAACUUGAUUUGUUUAAAUGUAAAAUAAUACUUUUACCAAGUCUAACUAAGAUUAUUAUAUUUGUUACUUUGUACAAAGUAUUCACACCCAUUGAAACUAUUUUAUACUCUUAAACCUGAACCUGGUCACAUGUAAAGAGAAUUAUUUCUGAAAUGUAUAACAGAAAUGAGUACAUUGUCUAUUUAAUAUUCAUUGUUGAUUCCAGUGAUUUCACAGUAUUUGCAAGUUUACUCAUAAACUUGUAACUUUUGCUCUAACCAGAAAUUGCGUAUGCGAUAAUUAAGCAUUAUUUGUAAUUUUCUAUACUACAAAUAGUAUUUUUUUUAUUUUACAGAAAGACUUAUGAUAAAAGCUUACAAAUUCUGGUAAUUUUAAUGUAAGAAAAAAGGUUUUGACAUUGGCUUUUUGUGAGAGAGAAAAAAUAAAAUUUUGAACUGAAAAUUGAUCUUUAAUUUAAUUAUGACACUCCAGGUUAAGAGAAAAGAAAGAUUUGGGUAGCUUUAGUUGCUGUUUUCUGAGAUAUCAAUCUGAACUAGAAGUUUAAUAUGGUCAACUAUGCAUUAGUUACAAUUGUUACAAUAUUUUUUUAGCAAAAUGAUAAGAGUUUCUCAAAUGGUAAACAUCUCUCCUUAAAUUAUAGUGAUGAAAAUAUUUGGUUAAAUUAUAUUUUUGGAAAUUAACCCCUAACUUGUGAAAGCUUGUGCAAUGUCAUAUUGUUACACCUUUUUAUCAGGAUUUUUUAUUUUUAUCCUUCAUUAUCUGUGCAUUAAAGCAAAUGUGCAUAGCAAUUAUUGCUUAAACAUAUAAUCAUUUCUAAAUUUUUAAAACUUAAUGAAUGUUUCUUAUUCUGUAUGCACAAGACAGAGAGAAAUAUAUGUAUAUAUGUUUUCAUGCAAGAGCCAGACGAAAAUACAUAGGUCUUAUAGAGUUAGUUGUACAAUUAGAUUCAAAGCCUCUCUCUCAGAAGCAAUGCUGACACAAAUGUUGACUACAUUCCCAGUUUCAUUAGAGUUACAAGCAUCAACUAGGCACAAGUAACUUACAAAACCUCGAAAUCAACUGCAAGUUAGUUGUAUUGAGUUCCUAAAUGCAUUUCAGUUAUGUUAUAGUACUUAGAAAGGCCAAUUAGAUUAGAAAACAAUGAUUUGGCAUGUUAUUUUCAAAGGUAUUUGGCAAGCUUAUCAAUGAAAGGUUAUACAUUGCUUUGGGAAAACAUUGUUUUCAAUGAAGUCACACAUUAGGAGGUAUUUUGUUUUGCAUGAACUUUUAAAAUUACUUUAGGACAUAAGCAUAUGAAUGAUAUGAGCUGGCUUCAAGAAUUUUUAAAAAUAUAUUUAUUUAUAUUUUUAGUUUAGUUUAGAGGAUGAGACAACCGAGAUGGACCAUUAGGUCCUUUGUUUUCCCAAAACAUUAUGUUGUGUUAAAGGUUUUAAUAAACUGAAAACUUUUUUCUGAAUUUUAUCUAGUUCCAUAAACAUAAGGUGGUAUAUAUAUUAAUUUCCUGCAGUAGUAUGAAAGAUAUUAUUAAAGGAUUUUUAAUUUC